CGUCUGCUCCGAGUUUGACAUUUGACGUGCGGGACAAACAAGAUACUAAUCAGCUGCGACAAAGCUCCGCGAUGUCUUCGUCCGUCGCGAUUCUGAGAUCUGAGAAGCGCCAAACGCGGCAUCAUCCACCACGUUGAUCCAAUCUCCACGAGAGAAUUCCUCAUGAGGCUUGCACGCGCUGUCGAAGCUGUCUUGUGUAAAGCGACGCGUCCGUUAUUAGCGACCUGAAAUCACGAUACCGUCGUUAGCUGAAGAUAAAUUGUUGCAUAGGACACUGUUAUCAAAGUAUCGACCGGCGAAAAAUCCACGCCGAUCAUGACGGUCUGAAAGCUGUCAAAACGACAGCUUGCAUCGAAUAGAUACUUGAUAUAUGUCAUCGUCGUCCGAACAAUAUUACCUGUGGCUGCUUUUAAAUAGUAUGUAAAAAUUAAACGAGAGAUUUUGAAUUGGAGAAACGAAUGGAAGAUAAUUGUUGAAGUCAUGUGUCGAGCGAUACAAAUUAUGCAAAACUGAAUGUUUGAAGAUCGUGAUUAUUUACACCUGAUUCUGACUUGAAUUAUACCCCAAUUAUAUUCUAAAGAUUAAAAAUGUCGGGCGGAGAAAGAAAGAAAAGAGGCUGCGAUAGAGGGCACGGGUGGGAAGAGGCUGGUGCUGAGUUCUAUCAGGAGAGUUAUCCAGCAGCUAUAGAAGCAGAUCUGCAACAGGCUCUACAGAGGGAUCCUUCGCAUAUAGCCACUUUACUUCCCAGCAAGAAGUCUCGUGUUGCCACAGCCAAACGAAUUCGAAAUGACACAAAGACAACAUUGAGAAGACGCACGAGCACUCGAUCUCGUGGCACUACAACGUCAAGGCGUAUGUCAACCAAUAUACACGAUGCGGCAGUAUCUAUGCUACCAGAUCUCUCGGAAAAUUUGUCCAAUGAAGAGCGUACCUGGGAGGAAAUUAUGCAGAUCAAGGCUAUGCCUGUAUGCAUGUCUCAAAAGAUACAAUUGAAAAACCAGUUGCAGAGUGCCACAAAGUUGAGACUUCAAGGCUUCGAACAACUGAAAUGGCAGCGCAGGAAAGCUUGGCAACAAUUUCGCAUAAGAAUGAAGGAGACUUGGUCCAAGAUGGAGCUGUGGAGCUACAGUCUCAAAAUAAUAGGCGGAAAUUUUGGAAUAGGUAUAGUGGCGUAUUUUUUAUUCAUCAAGUGGUUGAUGCAUUUGAAUCUGUUUCUAUUUGCAAUUAUAUUCUUACUGAUAAUGCUGCCAACGAUCUUACUUGAGACGCCCGUGAACGAAAUAUGUUCGUCUAACAACACUGCCAGCAUAGCGUGUUGCUCCGAAUUGUACAGUAAUAUGACCAGUAAAAGUGAUCAUACCAAUUUCGUGCAGGGCAGCUUAGAUGAGUACAGUCCAUAUUUUUAUGGCUGGUAUACGCAUACGAAUUACGAGAGUGUAGAUGUCAACUUCUAUUACAAUUCACCGCUGUCCUACAUCUGUACCAUCAUCAGUGUCUUCAUCGUUAGCCUAAUAGCGAUCGUCCGAUCGGCCGCCAAAGGUUUCAAGGAAAGAAUCGUAGAAGGUGAGGGUCAAUUUUAUCAAUAUUGUAAUCUGAUAUUCGGCAGUUGGGAUUAUUGCAUUCAUAAUGAGAAAUCCGCUGCCGUGAAGCAUAAGGCGCUGUAUAACGCGAUGAAAGCAUUACUGGAGACAGAGAGAAUGGAAGAGGAGCGGCAGAAUCGCACGAGGGAGGAGAAAACGAAGCUCUUCUUUAUACGUCUAUUCGUUAAUCUAUUGGUUUUAACGAUAUUAAGUGCAUGCGGCGCGUUCAUUUACUACGUGAUCGACUUCUCGUUCAGUCAGCUGGCACAGUGUCAGUGCCAUUGGAUAUACUUAGAGCCGGAUCACGAGAUGUCCGACAUCGCUCGUUUAUUCUUCGAAUUUCUUCCAUACAUAUGCAUCGUUGGAUUCAAUGUGGCGAUUCCAUUUCUCUUUCGCUAUCUGGUCGCUCUAGAAAACUACAGUCCGUCGUACGUCGUUCGAGUGACACUGUUCAGAACCGUGUUUCUUCGACUCGCUUCUCUCGUCGUUCUGUUAACGUCUCUGUACAGACUUGCCGCCGACAAAAUUCCGGAAAACGAAUGCGCCAAUAGCGCGAACAAACAGCCGUUAUGCUGGGAAUCGUUCGUAGGACAGCAGUUCUUCAAACUGUACGCCACCGAUCUCUUCAUUCAAUUGUUAAUGACGUUCUUCGUCAAUUACCCGCGUUCAUUGAUCGCGCGACACACCGAGAACAAGGUUUUGCGCUUCGUCUGCGAGCAGGAAUUUGACCUGCCCAAACACGUGCUGGAUAUUAUCUACUUGCAAAUGAUCUGCUGGCUCGGCUACUUUUUCGCCCCAUUAUUAGUGAUCAACGCCAUAUUCGGCAUGAUUAUGCUGUUCUAUCUGAAGAGAUUUACCUGUUUAGUGAACAGCACACCAUCGAGUAAGAUUUAUCGCGCGAGCAGAUCGAAUUCUCUGUUCAUGUUCAUCCUGCUAGUCUCCUUUAUCCUGGCGGUGAUACCGGUCGGCUACUUCAUCGCGAAGAUCAUGCCGUCGAAAUCGUGCGGGCCAUUUCGCGAAUGGGAGUCCGUGUGGACGUUUUUAAUCGCGACGUUUUCGCACUUCCCUGACUGGCUGCAGUCGAUUCUGUCUUUCCUUAGUACGGCUGGCUUCGGCAUACCGGCCUUCGUCAUUCUCGCUCUGCUCCUCUAUUACUAUUACGCGGUGUCAAUAGCGAACAAGCAUGCCUCAGUAUAA